AUGACAUUUAAGAUUAAGAUUGAAACAAAGUCAUCCAUGCGACAACGGAUAAAUAAGCCCAAAAAAAAACGUCCUAAAAGAAAUGGGCAUUUAACCACAUUUGCACUUCAACAACCUGGAGGUACAUUCCAAUCACCUGCUGAUCAAAUUCAACCGAUGCCUGAAAAUGAUCAGUCUAGACAACAAUCACAGGUUAAUAAUUACCAAUCUGUGACAAAUCAAGUAGCUGAUCAUGACCAAUCAAUAAUUCAUAAUACUCAGUAUGUGAAUUCAUUAAAUCAACAAUCACAAGUUCAUAAUAUUCAACAAUUUGAAACAAAUCAGGAAACAAUGACUCAAUUAUUAGAUCAACAGUUUGUGAGAAUAGAUAUUCCAGUGGAAAAUUUUGCUGGAUUAAAUUUUCCUGUUCAAAAUUUAAUAGGAAAAUUAGUUGGAUUAAAUGUUUCAGAAAAUUUAGUAGAGAUUUAUAUUUUACCUACAGAAAAUAUAUAUUAUACUCAAAUUCAGGCGGUUGAUCAAGACCAAACAAUGUCUCAAACAUUAGACUAA